AGUCUUCCUGCGAGCAAUUAAUCAGUAUGCAGAUAUGCUAAACAAAAAAUUCCUUGAUCAAGCCAACUUUGAGUUACAGCUCUGGAACAACUAUUUCCACCUGGCUGUUGCUUUUCUCACACAAGAAUCUUUGCAACUGGAGAAUUUUUCGAGCGCUAAAAGAGCAAAAAUCCUGAACAAGUACGGGGACAUGAGGAGGCAGAUUGGGUUUGAAAUCAGGGACAUGUGGUACAACCUGGGUCAGCAUAAAAUCAAGUUCAUCCCRGAAAUGGUGGGGCCAAUCCUGGAAAUGACACUGAUCCCAGAAACGGAGCUGCGGAAAGCCACCAUCCCGAUCUUCUUUGACAUGAUGCAGUGUGAAUUCCACUCCACCAGAAGCUUCCAGAGGUUCGAAAACGAGAUCAUCACCAAACUGGAUCACGAAGUGGAAGGGGGCCGCGGAGACGAGCAGUACAAAGUGCUGUUUGACAAAAUUCUCUUGGAGCACUGCAGGAAGCACAAGUACCUGGCCAAGAGUGGGGAGACGUUUGUGAAGCUGGUGGUGCGUCUGAUGGAGAGGCUGCUGGACUACAGGACCAUCAUGCACGAUGAGAACAAGGAGAACCGCAUGAGCUGCACCGUCAACGUGCUGAAUUUCUACAAGGAGAUCGAGAGGGAAGAGAUGUACAUAAGGUACCUGUACAAACUGUGUGACCUGCACAAGGAGUGUGAUAACUACACCGAAGCUGCCUACACCCUGCUCCUGCACGCCAAGCUCCUCAAGUGGUCAGAAGAAGCGUGUGCAGCGCAUCUCACCCAGCGGGAUGGAUACCAAGCUGCUACCCAAGGACAGCUGAAAGAUCAGCUCUAUCAAGAAAUUAUCCAUUACUUUGACAAGGGCAAGAUGUGGGAAGAGGCCAUUGCCUUGGGUAAAGAACUUGCAGAGCAGUAUGAAAAUGAAAUGUUUGAUUAUGAACAACUCAGUGAACUGCUGAGAAAACAAGCCCAGUUCUAUGAAAACAUCGUGAAAGUGAUAAGACCAAAGCCAGACUAUUUUGCUGUUGGGUAUUACGGCCAGGGAUUCCCGACGUUCAUAAGGAACAAGGUGUUCAUCUACCGGGGCAAGGAGUACGAGCGCCGCGAGGAUUUCGAGGCGCGGCUGCUGACGCAGUUCCCCAACGCUGAGAAGAUGAAAACAACGUCACCACCGGGCGAGGACAUCAAAACCUCCUCUGGCCAGUAUAUUCAGUGCUUCACUGUAAAACCCAAACUGGAUUUACCCUCGAAGUUUCACAGGCCAGUGUCAGAGCAGAUCGUGAGUUUCUACAGGGUGAACGAAGUCCAACGCUUUGAGUAUUCGCGUCCCGUUCGAAAAGGAGAGAAAAACCCAGACAAUGAAUUUGCAAACAUGUGGAUUGAGAGAACCGUCUACGUGACAGCCUACAAAUUACCAGGGAUCCUGAGGUGGUUUGAGGUCAAAUCAGUUUUCAUGGUGGAGAUCAGCCCCCUGGAGAACGCCAUCGAAACCAUGCAGCUGACCAACGACAAGAUCAACAACAUGGUGCAGCAGCACCUCAACGACCCCAACCUGCCCAUCAACCCCCUGUCCAUGCUGCUCAACGGCAUCGUGGACCCYGCUGUCAUGGGUGGCUUUGCCAACUACGAGAAGGCUUUUUUUACUGAGAAAUACAUGCACGAGCAUCCAGAGGAUCAUGACAAGAUUGAAAAGCUGAAGGAUCUGAUUGCUUGGCAGAUCCCAUUCCUGGCCGAGGGCAUCCGCAUCCACGGGGAGAAGGUGACAGAAGCACUGAGGCCGUUCCACGAGAGGAUGGAGGCRUGCUUCAGGCAGCUCAAGGACAAGGUGGAAAAGCAGUACGGCGUCCGCGCCAUCCUGGCGGGUCUGGACGAGCGGAGGGGCAGCCGGCCCCGCUCCAUGGUCAGGUCCUUCACCAUGCCAUCGUCAUCCCGGCCCCUGUCCGUGGCUUCUGUGUCCUCCCUGUCCUCAGACAGCACCCCAUCCCGGCCUGGCUCUGAUGGGUUCGUGCUGGAGCCCCUCCUGCCWAAAAAGAUGCAUUCUAGGUCGCAAGAUAAAUUGGACAAGGAUGACCUAGAUAAAGAUAAAAAGGAAAAGAAGAAGGAGAAGAGGAACAGCAAGCAUCAAGAGAUAUUUGAUAAAGAAUUUAAAUCUACUGAUAUUUCUCUGCAGCAGGCUGAAGCAGUGAUCCUUUCAGAAACGAUCAGCCCCCUGAGGCCGCAGAGACCCAAGAGCCAGGUGCUGACAGCCAUGGGCGAGCGUCGCUUCUCCGUGUCGCCGGCACCGCCCGGCUCGCAGCUGACACCGCCACCCAUCACCCCGCGGACCAAACUCGCCUUCAGCAUCCAGCCCGGUCUGGAGCUGAAUGGGAUGUCCAGCUCUGACAUCCCCGACGUUCCCCCUCCUCUGCCCCUCAAAGGAAGCACGGCYGACUACGGGAACCUCAUGGAGAGCCAGGAGCUGAUCAGCCCCACCACGUCCCCCCCUGCCCACCAGCGGCAUCUGCCUCCUCCUCUCCCCAGCAAGACUCCUCCACCUCCGCCUCCCAAGACCACUCGGAAGCAAACAUCUGUUGACUCUGGGAUUGUCCAGUGAAGAAGGAAGCGGGUUUUUUUUUUUUUUU